AAAAGGUUUGCAGGCUUGCGAAAUGGCAGAAACCGACCUUAACAUGGUCUCGGAACCUGCCGCGCAGGGGGUUGCUGAAGAGAUGAUGGCUAGCUCGUCUAGUGAUUCUGGGGAAGAUUUUGACAGCAGUAGCGCUAGCAGCAGCUCUAGUUGCAGCAGCAGUUGCAGCCGCCGCAGCCGCUUAUAUAAAGAAGUCUCUAGUUGCAGCAGCAGUUGCAGCCGCCGCAGCCGCUUAUAUAGAAAGAAGAGGAUACCUGAGCCUUCCAGAAGGGCGCGGCGGACUCCCUCGAGCACAAAUUUCGUAGAUCGGCUCCCUCAGGCAGUUAGAAAUCGUGUGCAGGCGCUCAGAAAUAUUCAAAAUGAAUGUGACAAGGUAGACGCCCUGUUCCUAAAGGCAAUUCACGAUCUCGAAAGAAAAUACGCUGAACUCAAUAAGCCUCUGAAUGAUCGGCGUUUUUAAAUCAUCAAUGCCGAAUAUGAACCGACAGAAGAAGAAUGUGAAUGGAAUUCAGAGGAUGAGGUGUUCAGCAGAGAUGAGGAGGUGCAGGAAGACAGCCCUAGGGAAAUGCCUGCCUUAGAGGGUGAGGAAGAAGAAGACGAACCUAAAGAAAAACUUGAGGUAAAGACUGAAGAAAAUGAGGGUCCUAAAGAAAUUCCUGUGGCAAGGUCUGAAGAAAAAGCCGAGUCCAAAGAUUUUAUGGAGCGAAAGCCUGAAGUAAAAGAUCCUAAAGAAGUCCCCCAGGUAAAGGCACAAGAUAAAGAACAGUCUAAAGUAACAGAGGCUAAGACAAAGGCUGCAGUAAGAGAGGCUCCUAGAGUUCCUGAGGUCAGGCCUAAAGAAAGAGUGAAUCUUAAAAGAGCUCGCAAGGGAAAGCCAAAGAAAGAAGAUCCUAAAGGCAUUCCUGAGUAUUGGCUGACUGUUUUAAAGAAUGUUGACAAACUUGGGCCUAUGAUUCAGAAAUAUGAUGAGCCCAUUCUGAAGUUUUUGUCAGAUGUAAGCCUGAAGUUCUCAAAACCUGGUCAGCCUGUAAGUUACACAUUUGAAUUUUAUUUUCUACCAAAUCCAUAUUUCAGAAAUGAGGUGCUGACCAAGACAUACAUAAUAAAGUCCAAACCAGAUCACAACGAUCCCUUCUUCUCUUGGGGAUGGGAAAUCCAAGUUUGCAAAGGCUGUAAAAUAGACUGGAGAAGAGGAAAGAAUGUCACCAUGACAACCACUCAGCAUUGCACAACUGCUACUGGAGGCAUUGAAAUCCAGCCAAGAGUGGUUCCUAAUGCAUCAGUCUUCAAUUUCUUUAGCCCUCCUGAGAUUCCUAAGAUUGGAAAGCUGGAACCACGAGAAGGUGCUAUCCUUGAUGAGGACUUUGAAAUUGGUCAAAUUUUACAUGAUAACGUCAUCCUGAAGUCAGUCUAUUACUAUACAGGAGAAGUCAAUGGUAUCUAUGAUGAUGGCAAAGAUUACGGAAACAGAAAAAGGCUGCCUGAAAAAAUUUUCAAGAAUCUUAAAACUUUAAGCAGAAGUGAAGCAGGUUUAUAUAGCUUUGAAAAAAAAAAAACAACCCUGCCCUAUAAUCUCAACAUUAGUAUUCCUUAUAGUCUUGUGUUUUCAUAUUUUCUUGGUAGUCUAAAAAAUUGUCUUAAAGCAUCUUAAGUAUCAGUUUAUUCUGUCUAGCCUGUUGUAGUGUUAUUCUUUUCAAAAAAUGUAAACUGUUAGUUAUCUAAAGCAUGUUAGUUUGGUGCUGCAGAGUUUUGAUUUUUGUAAAGUCUUUUUGUCAUGUUUCUAUUAGAAUAUAGUUGUGGAAACUGUCAGAAUUGUUAACUAAGACAAAUAUUUGCUUGAAAAAAAAAAUGUUCCUGAAGUACCAAGGCAAGUGUUUUUUUUUUUUUUUCCAGCCCAAAAGACUAAGGUUUUAAAUCAUCUUGCACUGGCUGUGCCUUCAUUACUUUGCUAUAGAUAAUAUAGUACUUAUAUAAACUAGAACAUUGUAUUGUGAAAUUUGUGUAAAAAAAGAUUACCAUACAUUUAAGAAUGUCCAUGAGGACUAAAUAUGAUACAACUGCUGUGAGCUUGUUUAUGUGACAUAGUAGUCUGUAAAUUUAAUCAUAAUGAAGUUACUGUUUACCACUGAGGUGUUAAUAUGACAUAGUAUUAAAAAAAAGUUUUUACUCAUCUUAAACUAUGUAAUUGUAAACUAGAGUUACUAGCCACAUUUUCUUUGUAAUAUGUUCUGUUUUGCCUUUCACUGGAAAUGAUCACUUUAUAUCAUGUUUUUUUUCAUGUUCUUAUAUUGCAAACUAAAAUAAGUAUCAAAUA